AUGUGCGGCAUUCACGCCGUCAUCUCAUCCAACGCCGGUGAUUGCAUAUCUCCUGGACUAGAGCGAUGUCUUAUCAACCGAGGACCAGACCACACAGGGACCGUACAGGCUCAGCUCGACGGGAACGAGCCCGAUCAAGCUGGCCUUUUCUUGACCUUUACGUCGACUGUAUUGUCGCUACGAGGAGAUCACGUUGCCAAACAACCCCUUACCGACCCUGCCUCGGGUUCUAUCCUCUGCUGGAAUGGAGAGGCUUGGGGGCUCCGAGGAGAACCGGUUCAAGGCAAUGACGGCGAAGCAGUCCUCGCCCUGUUAGCUGAGGCAAGCCGUAGUGCGGCACACACGCCAGGCCAGAUUCUCGAUGUCUUGCGAGCCAUCGAAGGGCCUUUCUCUUUUAUCUACCUGGACAAACCGGCGAAGCGGCUCUACUAUGGGCGUGACCGCCUGGGCCGUCGGUCACUGCUCAUCAAAGAGGGGCUGCCAUUUGCCCUUUCGAGCAUCGCUGAGACGCCCGUCGAAGGAUGGAGCGAGGUCGAGGCUGAUGGAUGCUAUACUCUGGAGCUGGGAGAGGUCGCAGCCGGCGGAAUGGUGCCCCUGCGACAUGACUGGACACCAGACACAUCCAUGGUCUCGAGCAUCGGCGUCUUCAACGAAGAGGUCCCUCAGCAAGCUACCAGACUUGUUCCGGAUUCAGUAUCCGUGCAGGAUCUGCAUUCGCAUCUCGUCGAGUCGCUCAAGCUUCGAGUUCUAGACGUGCCGCUGCCACCAAAGGCCUCUCAUACUGAUGCAAGAGUUGCGGUGCUGUUCUCGGGAGGGCUCGACUGCACCGUGCUUGCACGGCUUGCGCAUGAUCUUAUCCCCCUUGACCAGUCUAUUGACUUGAUCAAUGUGGCGUUUGAGAACCCCAGAAUAGCUGCCCAGUUCCCGGGAUGUUCUCGGGAUGAUCUCUAUGAGAAGUGCCCUGACCGGUUGACGGGACGGAGUGCUUUCGCAGAGCUCAGCCGAGUCUGUCCCGAGAGGAACUGGCGAUUUGUGGCAGCGAACGUGCCAUAUACAGAAAAUCUCGAGCACAGAGCCGAUAUUAUUAGGCUCAUAUACCCACACAAUACAGAGAUGGACCUCUCGAUUGCGUGCGCGCUGUAUUUUGCCGCCAGAGGACAGGGACUAAGCGAAACGAUAGGCGAGCCAACGCCACAACAGUACAGCACAACCGCGCGCGUAUUGCUAUCCGGACUGGGCGCCGACGAGCUGUUUGGUGGAUAUGGCCGUCAUGGCGUAGCGUACACGCAGCGCGGCUACUCGGGGCUUGUCCAGGAGCUGAAACUGGACGUGGGCCGGCUGGGAAAGCGAAAUCUCGGACGUGAUGACCGGGUCAUGGCGCACUGGGGCCGAGAAGUGAGGUUCCCGUACUUGGACGAGCGAUUUGUCAAGUGGGCGAUCGAAUGUCCCGUAUGGGAGAAGUGCGACUUUGAGAACAGCAGCGACGAGGGAUCUCUGGAUGCAGAGAAACGAGUGCUGCGACUGGUAGCCCAGUCUCUUGGCAUGAGCACGGUUGCGCGGGAGAAGAAGAGGGCGAUACAAUUCGGGGCUCGGACGGCCAAGAUGGAGAGUAGCAAGGUCAAGGGGACGACGCUGUUGUCUACGUGA